CCCUCUACACUCUCAAAAUGACCACUAACCUUCCUCACAUCUCCAACUGGGUCAAUGGUACCCAUAUCUCAGCCACCGCAAAGCGCAUCCCCGUCCUCAACCCGGCCACGGAACUCCCCAUCGCCACCAUCGACGCAACCCCCAAAAAAACAGUCGACCGCAUCAUCCAAGACUCUCUACGCACCUUCCAGGAUGGCACCUGGUCGCGCGCCGACCCAUCAGACCGCUUCACCGUCCUCUCCACCGCAGCCCGGCUCCUCCGCGCCCGUAUCCCCGAGUUCGUGGAAUCCGAGACCCGCCAGACAGGCCGUCCCAUCCGCGAGAUGCGCGCCCAGCUGGGCCGGGUGCCCGAAUGGCUGGAAUACUUUGCAUCGCUGGUGCGCGUCCACGAAGGCCGCGUGACGCCGUUCAAGGGCCCCGUCGUGAACACCCUGACCCGGCUCCCCCUGGGCGUGGUCGCGCUGAUCACGCCGUACAACCAUCCCGUGCUGAUCGCGAUGAAGAAGAUCGGGGCGGCCCUGGCAGCGGGGAAUUCGGUUCUCGUGAAGGCGUCGGAGCUGGCACCAUUAUCUGUGCUGAAGCUCGGGGCUCUCUUCCAGGAGGCGGGGCUGCCCGAUGGGGUUCUACAGAUCAUUAACGGAUAUGGGUACGAGACCGGGAAGUAUCUGUGCGAGAGUCCAUUGUUGGCCAAGAUCGAUUUGACCGGGGGGUUGGCGACAUACAGGGCUAUUGUGCCGUCUGCGUCGGCAAACUUGAUCCCCAUCACGGCCGAGCUGGGGGGGAAGGCCCCCGUGUGCGUGUUUCCGAGUAUGGAGGUGGACCAUGCCGUCAAGGCGGCGCUGUUUGCAAGUUUCAUUGCCAGUGGGCAGACCUGUGUGACCGGGAGCAGGCUGCUCGUCCAUGCGGACAUUUACGACGAGUUCACGGCUUUAUUGGAGAACAGAGUCAAGACUCUGCGGCUAGGUGAUCCGUUUGAUGAUCGGACGCAGAUCGGACCUGUGAUAUCCAAGGUUGCCGUGGAGAGAUGCGCUGCGUUUGUAGAGCGGGCCAUGCAGGAGGGAGGGAAGGUUCUCUGUGGCGGACACCCAACCACGAAUCAGGAUGGGAAGGGCUUCUACUUCGAGCCGACCAUCAUCGAGACGCGUCCGCAGACAGAUCUGGAAUGCAACGAGGUGUUUGGACCGGUCAUUGCCUUGAUCAAGUGCCAGUCGGAGGAGGAGAUCGUCCGGAUCGCGAACGGGUCGUCUCUGGCACUGGGUGCGUCGGUCUGGACGAACGACUUCAAGCAGGCGCACCGCGUGGCGGACCAGAUCGAGGCGGGCAUUGUUUGGAUCAACGGCCAUCAUCUCAAUGACCCCUCGUCGCCGUGGGGAGGCUUCAAGCAGAGUGGCAUCGGGAAGGAGAACGGGCUGGAGGCGUAUGAGAGCUACACGAAGCUGAAGAGCACGGUGAUCAACUAUGGUGUCCCGCCGGUGUGGUUUGACGAUGAGCCUGCAGGGGCUCGGUAUGGUUAGAUUGUCACAUCUGUAAGUAUCAACAAUAGUACCG